UCGCCAAGGCCUCAACACUGGCAAAAUGCGGGCCCUGCUAUUCCUCAUGGCACUUCUCUUGCCUUCUGGGGCUGGAGCUGAGGAGAUUAUUGAUGGUGUUGAGGCUAAACCACACUCCCUUCCUUACAUGGCCCAUCUGAGGAUCAUCACUAACAAUGGUUUGAAGAGGUGUGGUGGGUUUCUCAUAGCCCCGCAAUUUGUGAUGACUGCUGCACACUGUAGUGGAAGAGACAUCACUGUCAUCCUUGGAGCUCAUAAUAUAAACAAGAACGAAUCCACACAGCAGAUAAUAAAAGCUGAAAAACAAUUUGUUCACCCAAAGUUUCGUUACUCUUCGGGUUUCAAUGACAUCAUGUUACUGAAGCUACAAAAGAAAGCAGAGUUGACUUCUGCUGUGAAUGUAAUUUCACUGCCUAGUUCCUCUGACUUUAUCAAGCCUGGGAAGAUGUGCUGGACAGCUGGAUGGGGGAAAACUGGCAAGAAUAACCCUCCAUCAGUUACCCUGAGAGAGGUUGAACUGAGAAUCAUGGAUCAAGAGGCCUGUAAAGACCACAGUGAUUAUGAUUAUCAACUCCAGGUCUGCUCGGGCAGUCCCACAACAUCGAAAUCAAUAGGACAAGGAGAUUCUGGGGGACCUCUAGUGUGUGAUGGUAUGGCCCAUGGUAUUGCAUCUUCUUCAGAAGCAAAGGCCCCUGCAGUCUUCACCCGAAUCUCCUCAUACCUGCCCUGGAUAUAUAAAGUCUUAAAGGGCGAGUAGCUGAAAAGCCUAACCAGCCUGAGUCAGACUCUUCAAGAUCAAGCUCAUCUUGUACCCUCUGAGUUCAUCCCAGCCUGUCCUCAUCCUGCAUCAAGCCUGCCCCUAGCCUGUCCCCAAGAUCAUCUCAAAGAUGCACAAGUCUGUGAUGAUGGAAUGUUCUCUGUAAUGCAUCUCAAUAAAGACCUAACCUCUUGC